GAAGCCCUCUUGAAACAACAACUCACGAAACCUGAGGUAUCAGGUGCGUCGCAGCGACUUUUGUCGGACCUGGCCUUCUCACGGCCCUUCUGGUCGAUGACCACCACCAUCAGUCUGCCCGUGCUGACCGAUGCCGACGGUGACGGCACGCCGCGACUGCGCGGCAUCGUUCAGUUCCUCAUGCCCAUCAUCAUCUUUCUGGACACGCUGUUUGACGAGAACGCCUCGUCUAGCGGACGCGGUAAAGGUCGCAGCUUAGCCCACGACCAGCUGGAGAUUUUCGGCUCCAUCGAGCGCUCGCUCAGCUCGGUGGGCGUCGAGGGUCGGCCCUGCCUGCUGCGGUUCAUCUGCGAGAUGCACCAGCGGCCCAUCGGACGCAACUCGAUCCUGGGCGAGGUGUUCGACGUGGUGUUCUCCCCGAAGCCGUCUUUGGUGGACGUGUUGCACGACUACUCGUUGGCCAGUGAGCGGGGGGCGGACGGGGGCGACUGUGCCGCCGCCUACUCGGCCUGUCCCAUGUCGCUGCUCACACUGAUGAAGGCCGGCCAGGAGCAGCAGCAGUACGAACAGGGCCUCGCCGGUGGACAGGGCGGCGACCGGCUGGCGGUCACUAAGGUGCAGGCGGACGAGAUCCGAAUCGGCGACACCGGCACGGCGCCGGCCAGCGGACCCGGACAGGAUGACCCCUUCGACGACAACUCCGCCAACUACCUGAGCGCGGGACCGCCAAUCUGGCAGUGAUGUGCCAACAUCCACGAUAGAGAGAUCGAAGAAACGGCGAGACAUGAUGUUACGGUGUUGUUAUUUAUUGUUAACGCCUGUUCAAUGACCUUUUGUUUGUUUUUGGUUUUAUUGCAACGACGUUUACUACUAACGAGCUAUGAGGUUCAUUAUUCACUUCAUUGUUGGGGAUGAGAUUAUGAAUCAUUUGUACAUAUUACAAAUAAUGGCGGGUUUCGUUGGCUUUGGGGGAUUGUUCAUACAAUUUUAGACCGAGGUACGAUACACUACACAACUUAUCACAUUUUAUCGUGAAUGUCGAUAACCCAGGCCAGUGAAAAUAACGUGAAUUGUUCUGUGUUCACGAUAUCGUGUAAUACGAAUGGUCGUUGCUGACCGAUCGCAAAUAUAUUCAUAAAAGGGAG